CUACCCUUCAGUGCCCGGUCACUUGGCCAUCGUUCCGCCAGCAACAAACCACUCAUGGCACACCGCUCGCUAUCUUUGUGGAUCUACGCAGCUGCCAUCUUUGUUGCCACGACUGCGGAUGCCGGCGGAAGUGGCAUCUGCUACGACUCAUUUCAAGCAAUCGGCAAUGUCGACGCACACUUUACCUUUCUCAGGGGCAAAUUUGGGGCCGUGCGUACGUACCAAACGUCCGUGGCCAACCAAGUGAACCUCAUCGACGCUGCGGCCAAAGCAGGUCUCCAAGUGGCCGCCGGCGUUUGGCUCCGCGGUCCCAUUGCCUUCGAGGACGACUUGAAGGCGGCCGUGGACGGAGUGAAGCGACACCCAACCAACGUCAUGGCUGUUUACGUGGGUAACGAAGACUUGGACCACGGGUGGAGCGCUGAACAGGUCGUGGACAAGAUCCGCGUUGUCCGGGCAGCAUUUGCCGCCCAGGGCCUCGGCAACGUCCCCAUCGGCACCGUGCAAACCGACGGUCAGUUUUUGGCUAAUCCGGACCUCGCCGCGGCGUGCGACGUCGUGGGGGUGAACAUCUACCCGUUCUUCGAUUCGUCGGCGUUCUCUAUGUUGUUUCCCGUGGACAACUUGGACAAGAGAUAUGCGGCCAUGGUGCGUACGUUUGGGCAAAAGGUGCGCCUCACGGAAACGGGGUGGCCCAGCGCGGGGAUUUCGCAAGGCAACUACGUGUCCAGUCGAGCCAACGCGCGGCAGUACUUUAAAGACUACGAGGUGUGGGUCGCGGGGCUGACGGGGGCGUCGAGCCAGUGGCCAUUCUACUUUCAAUUCGCAGACGUGCCCGCCAAGGGGGGCUUCGAAGCCCACUUUGGGCUUUCUGUGGAUGGAGCGUCCUGGAAAUUUGACGUCGUUCCCACCACCACCCCUGCCCCAACGACCACCACGCCGCCUCCCACAACCACCACCACGACGCCGAAACCGACCACUACCACCCCCAAGCCCACCACCACUACUCUCGCGCCAACCACUGCACCAAUUACAGGCGGGGCCGCGGGCAAUUCCUCCAGAGCCCCCACAGCCGCCGCGGCGGAAUUCCCAAGUGGCGGCAAUGGUAGUAGCGCUGCCACCACCACCCUAGAACCGACGAAUUCACCCUUGUCCAAUGCCAAUGGUGUCCAAGACUCCAGCGAUAAUGUCAUGUUGGCCAACACUGCAGAAAGCAAGACUACCAGCGGCAGUAGCGGUGCUGCGGCUGGAUGGAGUAUUCUCGGUAUUGUAGGGGGGCUAGUCGUGGGGUUUGUUGCCAUUCGAAAGUAUCGCCAGUACCUGGACAAGAAAGAUCGAGACGUAGGCCGCGACGCCAGCGGUCGCACGUUUAUGACGUACCAGCGUGGUGAAGUAGCUAUAUUGUGAUUCGAAUAUAUAUGCCUGGUACAAAUCCUG